AUGGGCCGAAUGGCUUCCUUCGGUGCAGUAAAUUUCGAUGGUUUCAUGGUUCUAUCCAUUAAUUGCCCACACAUAGAAUUCCACAGAUCGGAUCAAAUAAAGGUGCUGAUCUGGUACAAUAGAGUUGUGGGAAUGGCCCUUGGUCUGUACUUCCCCAGAAAGACAUACCAAGCAACUGUGCAUGUUGGCCAGCCAGCAGAUACCCCUCUCCUGCAGAUUUAUGCCUUACCUGAGGAAGAGGAUACUGCUGUUUAUUUUGGGUUCUGCUACAAUCCACUGCUCAUUGGAUUACGUGAGCACUGGUUCCGAAUUGAUGAGAAAUCUGGAGUCUUCUACCUUAAUAAAACCCUAGAAGAAAAUGACCUCAGUCUACUAGGUAACAUGGGUGGCCCUGACUUAUUUAAGGUUAUAGUGCACAUCUUUGUCUCUCCCAAACCAUUUGUGGAGAUGGAGUGCAAGGCACAGGUGAUAAUUAUUGUGGUGAAUAAGGUCAUGCCUCCCUGUGCAAAUAUCACCAUUGAAGAUCUGUGUUUUGGAGAAAUGGAUUCAAAGGUUCAAAUUAUAGAGAACAAGUACCCUGGCCUGUUCUUUCAAAUGAGAUCCCUGCCAAACCAGUUCCAGUGCCAACCGGGCAACAUCUCCUACCAUCUAACAACAGAUGGUUCAUUUCCAUUCAGAAUUAAUGAGGAGACGUCAGAGCUCAGUGUGGAGCGUUCACUUGACAGGGAGGUGAUGGAAACAUAUGAAAUGAUUGUAAAAUGUACAUGGCGGAAGGAAUUCCAGGUGGUUCACAUUGAGAGAGCCUUGCAUGUGACUGUGCUUGAUAAAGGUGACAACCCUCCAUUUCUCCUUGAUGGCAACGACACGGUGGAGGCUGUCAUUGAAUUCAACAGGAACGAGCACAAUGUCGUGGCCACAAUCCUGGUGUAUGAUGCUGACAGUACCACUCAAUACAUGACGACAAUCAUGAAAAAUGAUACUUGGAUUACAGAAAACUUCAGAGUGGAACAUAGACCUUUCGAAAUUCCUGCCACUCAAGAGAGCCCUGCUCGAGGGACAAUAAACAAAUAUGAGCUGAUACUGAAGAAAAACCUGUCUCUUUCUGAGAACCGAUCAUUCAGUUUGGACGUCCUUGUGCACGACACAGAAUACCAAGGCUCUGAGAGCACUGUCACACUUCACUUCAAUAUCACUAUCCGGCUAAUCAUCAUUGAGUUUUCUGAAGAAACGAUCCACUUCACAUGUAAUAGGAAUGCAGGACGUUUUGCAAAGAUUGGAAGAAUUUGCAUAGCAAACUGUCACAAGUUUCAAGCCUUAAAUCUAACUUAUACAUUAAUGCCGGUGGACAGAAGCUGCUUUUCCCUGGUUGGGGUUGUGAAGCAACCUGAGGAUAUAUUUGGAAUCCUGUACAUUUCUGAAUCUAAAGUGCUGAGAUGGAACAACUGCAGCAAACUUCACUUUACCGUCAUAGCUAAUGAAUUACUGAGCAAGGAGGAGACAAAGACCAACAUGGUUGUUACGUUGGAGGGAACACAUACUCAUGUUAGAAGGCAUAACUGUGGCAAACACUGUGCUGAGCACAAGUUGCGAUCAGUCUGUGAAGAAUGUAGCGGUAUUGGAACCCAAGAUGGAAAGUGCCAGUGGCGGCAGGGGUAUGAUAAAGGCAUAUCAAAAAACUACUCCACCUGCUCAUCAGAUCUUACCACAUGUCCUGAUAAAUACUGUGAUAUAGUGGAGCAGAAGAGGAGUACGUGCCCACAAGAUUGUAUUGUUCGGAAGAAAAUUGUUGGCGGAUUUGAAUUAGGAGAGGUGAGAGGAAUCGAAGGAGGAUUUGGGACGUGUUAUUGCAAUUCUGGCAAAUGUUUCUGCCAAAAGGAAGAUGUCAUAGAAUCGACUUGCGACGAUGUCUGUAAAACCAUCAUUGCUGCGGCCGUGCUGCUGUCAUUCAUCCUGUCCGUACUGCUCUCUUCAUACUUCAUCCACCGAUACCACAAGAAUUCUCCCAAAGCUCCUAUUGCCUCAGCAGAGAUGACUUUCAGGAGGCCAGCUCAAGCCUACCCCAUCAGCUACUCCUCCAAUAAUGUCCGGAGGCCCUCUGUGGAUUCCAUGGAGAAUCAAGUGGCAGUGGACACCUUCAAAAUACCAGAGGAUCCCAAAUGGGAGUUUCCAAGGAAGAAUCUAGUCCUUGGCAAAACCCUCGGUGAAGGAGAAUUUGGGAAAGUCGUGAAGGCUACUGCGUUCAGACUAAAGGGGAAAGCAGGCUACACCACCGUUGCCGUCAAGAUGCUGAAAGAGAAUGCUUCUCAAAGUGAACUGCGAGAUCUCUUAUCGGAGUUCAACUUACUGAAACAAGUCAGCCACCCCCACAUUAUUAAACUCUAUGGAGCAUGCACUCAAGAUGGUCCUCUAUAUCUCAUUGUGGAAUACGCUAAAUAUGGAUCCCUGAGAAACUUCCUGAGAGAAAGUCGCAAAGUAGGCACCAGUUACCUGGGGGAAGGGAACCGAAAUUCUAGUUACUUGGACAAUCCAGAUGAACGGGCUUUGACCAUGGGAGAUUUGAUAUCGUUUGCCUGGCAGAUCUCCCGGGGAAUGCAAUACCUGGCUGAAAUGAAGCUUGUCCACCGUGAUUUGGCAGCACGAAAUGUUCUGGUUGCUGAAGGACGUAAGAUGAAGAUCUCAGACUUUGGCCUCUCCAGAGAUGUGUAUGAGGAAGACUCUUACGUAAAGAGAAGCAAGGGUCGAAUUCCUGUCAAGUGGAUGGCAAUCGAAUCACUGUUUGAUCACAUCUAUACCACCCAGAGUGAUGUGUGGUCAUUUGGCAUUCUUCUUUGGGAGACAGUGACAUUGGGUGGAAACCCAUAUCCUGGCAUUGCUCCUGAACGCCUCUUCAACCUCUUAAAGACAGGAUAUCGGAUGGAGCGACCAGAAAAUUGCAGUGAGGAAAUGUACAACUUGAUGCUGCGAUGUUGGAAACAAGAGCCAGAUAAACGACCUACCUUUGCAGAAAUCAGCAAAGAGCUGGAGAAAAUGAUGGUGAAGAGUCGAGACUACCUGGAUCUGGCAGCCUCCACACCAUCAGACUCUCUGCUGUAUGACGAUGGGCUGGCUGAAGAAGAGACGCCACUGGUAGACUGUAAUAAUGCUCCCCUCCCUCGGUCCCUCCCCUCCACAUGGAUUGAAAACAAACUCUACGGCAUCUCGUAUCCCAGCUGGCCUGAAGACAACCCCAUUCCCAUAACAAGAUUCGAUGGAACUAACUCUGUCUUUACAAGAUAUGCAAAUGAUAGUGUUUAUGCAAACUGGAUGGUGUCACCUUCAACAGCAAAAUUUGUGGAACACUAUGAUAGUUAAAAACCAAAGCGACAGCAAAACCCAUAACCCACAACCCGCCCCCACCCCCACAGAACCUUUAUACAGGGCCAUUGAGCUAAACAGAAAGGAAGUGUGGA